CAAAGGGGGCAGGACUUUUUCUCUCCGGGUCCUAUUAAGAGCAAACUUUGUGUUUUUGUUCUCCAAGUUCAGCUCAGUGCUCUGCAGCCUGCGCACAGUCCCUCUCUGCGGCUUUUUUCUUUUCCAUUUUUUCCCCUCUUUCUCCUCAAUGGUUUUGUUUUCUCGCCUGUUGGUUACUACUGUGUGUUUUUGCAUGGGGGGUUUAGACACCGGGAGGAUGCGCUUUUUGGAGGAACAAAUACUCAAAGUUGUCUCCUCGGCCGCUCCGGGCUUGUUUUAGUGGAUACAUUGAUGCUUUUCGGGUUGGAAUGAACAAUGGUGCGGCUCCUUGGUGCUCUGGCCGGGGGCAUGCUCUGGUUUCGGCUACUGUUGCUGUGCGUCGUGGAGUUGGAGCUGGGAGCCGGGCUUUCUACUUUCCAGGGUUUCUAUCUUCCACCUGCGAACGGGUCGCUCCUCACACCUGCCCGGAGGACGGAUGGAGUCGUGCGGACAGUUGACCGGAUUUACCACGGAGGAGGGAAGGUGGGCUACCUGGUGUACCUGGACGGGAGCCGGUUUCAGCUGGACAUGGAGCGGGACGAGUCGGUGCUGUCGCAUCACUUUAGCCCCCAGUAUGUGCUCGCUAUGAUGGGGGACAGUCAUGCGCCUUUGCAGCGGGAGUGCGUGUACCGCGGGACCGUGGACUCCAACCCGGAGUCCCUGGCCGUCUUCAACCUCUGCGGCGGGGGUCUCGAGGGCUUCUUCGCCGUGAACCACGCGCGCUACACCAUCACGCCUAUCAUCAGGGCGAAGGGACACGAGCAUGACGUGCGCGCCCUGCAGGACAAGGACGCGGAGAGCGCGCUCCACGUGUUCACGCGCGAGAGCUUCAGCUUCGAGGCCAUGCGCGAUGGGCGCGAGAGCUGCGGGACGCGCGACGGGCGCAGGGGACGCAGGGAUGCGGCGGGGAAACGCCGGCGCAGAGGUCGAGGGAAGGGGAAACGGGACAGAGAGGGGCUCGCGGUGGAAAGCGCCGACGACCACGGCGCGCGCGGGCGGAGGUGGUGGAGCCGGCUCGCCGAAGUGGCCGCUCCGGAGCCCGGCGCGCGGCGCAAGAGGUCGGUCUCUCGCGCCAGGCACGUGGAGCUGCUCCUGGUCGCCGACGACACCAUGACAAAGAAAUACGGCAAGGACUUGAACCACUACCUGCUCACACUGGCCUCCAUCGCCUCCAAGCUGUACGGGCACGCCAGCAUCGAGAACCCUAUCCGGCUGUCGGUGGUGAAAGUGACCGUGGUCGGCGAGAAGGAGAAGGGGCUGGAGGUGUCCAAGAACGCGGCGGCGACGCUCAAGAGCUUCUGCAAGUGGCAGAACCAGCAGAACCCGCUCGACGACGACCACCAGCACCACCACGACGCCGCCAUCCUCUUCACCAGGCAGGACCUCUGUGGCCACCACUCCUGUGACACCCUGGGCAUGGCCGACGUGGGCACCAUCUGCUCCCCGGAGAGAAGCUGCGCCGUCAUCGAGGACGACGGGCUUCACGCUGCGUUUACUGUCGCGCAUGAGAUAGGUCACCUGCUCGGUUUGUCCCACGACGACUCCAAGUUCUGCGAGGAGCGUUUCGGGGUGAACAGCGACAAGCGGCUCAUGUCCUCCAUCCUCACCUCCAUCGACGCCUCCAAACCCUGGAGCCGCUGCACCUCGGCAACCAUCACCGACUUCUUCGACGAUGGCAACGCCGAGUGUCUCCUCGAUUCUCCUCGCCAGCCCCUCCUCGGCCCAGAGGAGCUCCCAGGUCAGAGCUACGACGCCGUCCGCCAGUGCCGCCUGGCCUUCGGCCCCGAGUACACAGUCUGCCCGGGCAUGGACGUGUGCUCCCGGCUGUGGUGCGCCGUGAUUCGUCAGGGACAGAUGGUGUGCCUGACCAAAAAGCUGCCGGCCGUGGAGGGGACGCCCUGCGGGAAGGGACGCAUCUGCCUGCAGGGAAAGUGCGUGGACAAGACACGGAAGAGACACUACUCGGCGUCCAACCACGGCAGCUGGAGUUCCUGGGGUCCGUGGGGUGCAUGCUCCAGAACUUGCGGAGGCGGGGUGCAGUUCGCCCAGCGUCUGUGCAACAACCCGCCGCCGCGGAACAACGGGCGCUACUGCACCGGGAAGAGGGCCAUCUAUCGGUCCUGCAACGUCACACCAUGUCCAGCAUCAAAUAAGACUUUCCGUCAGGAGCAGUGUGAGGUGCGCAACGGUCCCCAGACAGAUCCUAAAGGGGUAAAGACCUUCGUUGAGUGGGUGCCUAAAUACGCUGGAGUUCUCCCCAAAGAUGUCUGCAAGUUGACCUGCAGAGCAAAAGGAACAGGAUACUAUGUGGUGUUCUCUCAGAGGGUGGUGGACGGGACAGAGUGCCGUCCUUACAGCAGCUCGGUGUGUGUGAAGGGGAAGUGUGUACGGACAGGCUGCGAUGGCAUUAUCGGCUCCAAGCUGCAGUUUGACAAGUGCGGCAUAUGUGGAGGUGACAGCACAGGAUGUAUACGUGUAGUGGGCAACUUCACAAAGAAGAGUAAGGGUUACACUGAUGUAGUGAAGAUCCCUGCAGGCUCCACCCAUAUAAAGGUCCGUCAACACAAGGCUAAAGACCAGACCCGCUACACCGCCUACCUAGCCCUCCGACGGGGCAAUGGCGAUUACCUCCUAAAUGGCAAGUUCAUGAUCUCCACCUCUGAGACAAUCAUCCCACUCAAUGGUUCUGUGCUCAACUACAGUGGCUGGAGCCAAAGGGAUGAAUGGCUUCACAGCAUGGGCCCCGGGGCUCUUCAAGAAGCCUUGGUGAUCCAGAUUCUAGCCACAGACGCCAAAAAGCCCCUGGAUGUUCGUUACAGCUUCUUCAUGCCCCGCCGGACAGCCCCGCAGCAGCCCUCAGCUCCGCUCAUCCCUAACCCAAAGUCAACUCCUUUGAGCACUACGACGGUCUCAACCACAACAGGAACCACCACCAGCAGUACCACCACUACAACCUCCUCUGCUCCCCUUAUCCUGAUCCCAGGGCCACCUACAGCUCCAGCUCCCUCAACCCCAAGCCCAGGGCCCCAGUGGGUAACAGGUUCCUGGAUGACCUGCUCCAGGACAUGUGACACUGGCUGGCAGAGCCGGACAGUGCAGUGUAAGGACCAGGACGGGAAACUGUCCAAAGGAUGUGUGCUGAGCGCUCGCCCCUCCGCCUUCAAACACUGUCUGGUGAAGAAAUGUUGAGGAGGCAGGAGAGUAAAAAUGAUUUGUUAGACCAGAAACAAUGCAUAGGAAGACGUUGUAAACUGUACUUCUGAUAAAGGUCUUAAGUGCUGGAUGUAGGACCAAUGAAUGGACCAAUGAAUUUAAGAAAUAGAACCUUAAACAGGACUGUGAAUGUUGGCAGAAGGCGCCUGGACCAGUCAUACAGAGACUCAACGACAUAUUGACAUGGAUGUACCUGACUAUAAGCCAGAGGAAUGUCCUGGAGUCAGUGAAAGUCAGAUAGUGACAAGUAUUGCCCUGGCAUAGCUAAGAACUUGAGUUGCAUGUCAUUUCCACAUGGACAAAAACCAAUUGUCUUUACAUCGGUCUCCAAACCCUGGAGGCUUAGUGUGUGUCGCCCUGUAAUGGCAUGCAUGUCGUGUCUUUUUUAUGCUAUUUCAUGUGUUCUAAUCACUGUGGGUAUUUGAAAGUCAUACCCCUUUGUCUUUUGUCAUGAGUGUGUCCGAGACAAGAGCCCCAACGACGGGAAGCACUCGUUCUUCACCCUGCCAUCAUUUCUGCCGGUGUGGUAGCCCUGAUUCAUGACUGCAAUUCUAUAUAUUAGGGUCGUGAAUUUUGGCGUUCUGUAAUGUUGACAUUUUAGUGACUGAGCAACACACAAAAUUUGUCACAGGAAGAAUGUUGAAAAUGCGUAUGAUGGUUCUGGAUCAGGGCUACCCACACGUCCCAAAUGAAAGCGUUCUGUGUCUUUAUUUGAUCUGUCCCGCUCAAAACUGGGAAGCAGUUUCCAAAAGAAAGUUUAAACAUAUGAAUACAUUUUCCAACCGAGCAUGCAUGGGAGGGUGAUUAUACGACCAAGAAUGAAUGGGUUAACCCAGACAUUUGGUUAAUGGAUAAUGCAUUGCACCCAAACAGCACAAUACCAUAAUACAAAGCUGGGACGCUGAUCAGUCGUAUCAAGAUCCAGUCAUUCUUCUACUUCUCUGUGCUCAUGUCCUUGAGAAGCUGCUCCUCUCUCUGGGAGAGUGGUUACCCCAGAGACAGACGUGUUGAUUGUUCUGAAUUCAAUACACCUGUACAGUGAAAAACGGCAGCGUGGCGUGAUGGGAUAGAAAGGGAGAGUACGGUGGUCAACAGAGGACAAACCUUGCAGCAGUUAAAUCGACAAAGGGGCAAAGUAACCAUGACACUCCUUAACAUUUAUGGAGGGUAAUGAUGAAUCAGAUUUGGGGCAAUGCUUGAUUUUUAUGUGUGUGUUGUGUGUGUGUGUUGUGUGUGUGUGUGUGUGUGUGUGUGUGUGUGUGUGUGUGUGUGUGUGUGUGUGUGUUUGAGUGCAUGUUAUGUGCUAGCACAUUCAUGCUCCCAGGCCUGUGUUUAAAGCACAUACAGUAUGUACCGUGAACAUGUGUUCUGCUCUCUACUGCGUCUUGAAGCUUCUUCACUCUCAGUUCCACUUGUAUCAAUCAUUAUGCUGGUGCUGGGAGGUUUACGGCCCUCUUUUUUUGUUUUGUUUUAUUUUUGUUUGGGUUUUUUGUGGCGGUCAAUAUCUGUUUGUUUGUCUGUUUAUCCGUUAAGGAAACAAUGCUAAUAUGACAAUGUGUGCCCUGGAUACUCGCAAUGACAGCAAGAGAGAUACUAAUGUCAUUACUGUCCUUUUGCAAUUCAACUCCUCCAUUUUUUCUCUUUUUAUCUCUCAUUCUUUACUCAUACAUCCUGUAUUUGCAAAUUAUUAUUUUAACAUCUCCCCAAGCCAGAUGGGUGGUGGCUUUCCAUGUAGCACCUACACUCUAACAGACGACUAGAAAUGAAUUUGGGCUGUUCAGAGCUCUGAAAACUUUCUUUGACAGCUCUAAAAUUUGCAAAUUGCAAAAAUUGAACAGAAUUUCUAAGUGAUGUUACUGUCAAUUUAAAGAAAUGGUUUGACAUUUUGAGAAAGGUGCAGCGUUGCUGAAAGUUAGAUGAGGAGAUUAUUGCCACACUUGUGUCUGGUCUUUCAAUAUGAAGAGCCAGGAGACAGUUAGUUUAGUUUAGCAUAGAGAGAGGAAGCAGAAGGAAUCACUUAGCCAAUGAUUUAAACCAUACCUACCAGCACCUCUAAAGUUAACCAAUCAAAACAUUGUAUCUUGCUUGUUUAAUCCAUACUAAAAACAAACAAACAAAAAUUAACCUGUCUCCAGUCUUAAUGCUAUGCUAAGCUAACAGGCUGCGGGUGUUACCUUCAUACUGAACAAACAUAUAUGAGUGAGUGAAAAAAAAGUCAAACUACUCCUUUUAGCAAAAAACAAAACAAUAUACUAUAUACAACUAGGUGUACUGUGAGAACAUAAGCUUUUUUGUAACUUGGGUGAACUGAGCCUUUCAAAUUCUGCACCCAACCGAACAGCAUCAUCCAUUUUUAGAUAGAGUGUAGAUAAUAUACAUGUACCGCUGCAUAAUAUCUUAAAAUGUACUUAAUAAUUGGAUCAUUUCCUCAGUUCUCAUGGAUGGUAAUUAAGCCCUAGCAUUACAAAGAAAUGUUGAUUCCACCUAAUGGACUUAAAAAUACCUUCCUGUAAUUGUGUUGAACUUUCUGGAAACCUUCAUACUUUCCUGUGUGGCAAACCUCACCCAUCUGGCACCUGAGCAGGAGAAAACAAACCAUGAAAAACAUUUUCAGAUACUACAUGACCCGGGUCGACAUACCACUCACAAAAUGUUCUUUCUCUCUCUCUCUUCUCGCCUCACACAUUCAGAUUUAUUUACACAAUGUAGACAUUUUUGUACAUGAAUAGAUCUUUCAUAUAUGUGUUAGUAUUCAACCAUAUUUACACAGACAUUUACACAUACAGACACACACCAUUGAAUCAAUCCAUCAGUUGCACAGAUUUUGAGUAUUUCAGACACCCACACACACACUCCACACAUACACACAAAUAUACACAAUUUACUCUGACUCUUCCAGUGGGGAAACCCCUCUCGCUGAACGACAGAAACACAGCACUGAACUUGUAAUUUAUUGUUUGUACAACUGGUAUGUGUGAAUAAAAAAACAAUGAGAUGAGUUUUAUUUAUUAUACUAAUUUUGUAUCAAAAUACUAUUUAACUUAGGAAUAUGACUGUGCAGAAUCAUUCCUUUGUAAGAAUAUAGUGUUUCUUUUCUAGUCAUCCACAUGAAUAUAUGUACAUAAAAUCUAUAUAUUUAAA